CAUAAGCAAACGUCUGCUAAAUUUGCCAUUCUUGUAAGAAUCAGUCAAGCCCAUGAACGCUUGAAUUUGUGCAAGAAUUGGGAGUGAGUGAGUGCAUCUUUCCUCACUAGUUCCUUUACAUGUAUGUCACCAACUUUCUUUACAUGUUCAGGUGUCGUGAAUAUGUUUUCGUGUUCUGUGUGACGGCAUAGUCGACACUUUUUUUUGUCUGGAAGAGUUCAGAAUUUUCAGCUGCAACCUUGAUCCAGAGCAUGCAUAUUUUGGAACGAAUCCGCAUGUUUGUGGGUAGGAGAGAUUCUACCUGAGGUUGAAAGAAACAGUUUCAAUGGGUGUUCUCGAUCUGUUCGUUGUAGCCUUGAUGCCAGUUCUGAAGGUACUCUUGGUUACUGCUGUUGGCUCAUUUCUCGCGAUGGACCGCUUAAAUCUCUUGGGGCACGAUGCUAAGCAACACAUGAAUAAUUUGGUGUUCUACGUAUUCAGUCCAUCGUUGAUAGCAGGCAACUUGGCCGACACGAUUACACUCAGCAGUUUGGCUACCUUAUGGUUCAUGCCGGUGAACAUUCUUCUCACGUUCAUCAUUGGCUCAGCUCUCGCUUGGGUAUUGAUAAAACUCACAAGGACUCCCCAGCAUCUCCGAAGCCUUGUUAUCGGUUGCUGUGCAGCAGGAAACUUGGGAAACUUGCCCUUGAUUAUAAUUCCUGCUGUCUGUGCCGAGACAAAUAGUCCAUUUGGUGAUUCAUCCACCUGCUCUACUAAUGGCAAGGCAUAUGCUUCCCUGUCUAUGGCGAUGGGCGCCGUGUACAUAUGGUCCUACGUGUACACACUCAUGAGGAUAUCUGCAGAGAAGAGAGCUGAAGAAACGGACCCGAAGGACUCCAUGGCAAGCCUAAAUGACAAUGGUGUAACUUCAGGUGGACUUCCAGAGAUCAUCACAGAACCAUUACUUGCUCCAGAGGAUUCUCCAAGCCCUAAGGACUGCAUUAGCCAAGAUGAAAUUUACCAAACGAGGUUCGACGGAAGAACAAAGAUAUCAUUCUUCAAGAAGAUCAGACAGCAUAUGACGACUAUCACAGAGUAUAUCGACAUAAAGAAGUUGUUUGCACCUUCUACAAUUGCAGUGAUUAUCGGUUUCAUCAUUGGGGUAGCAUCUCCAAUCCGGAAACUCAUAAUUGGUGAUGAUGCUCCUCUGCGCGUUAUCUACGCCGCAACAGAUUUGCUAGGGGAGGCUGCAAUUCCAUGUAUCACUCUGAUAAUUGGUGCCAAUCUUUUAAGAGGUUUGAAGAGACCGAAAGUUAGCCCGGUAGUCAUUAUAGGGGUUAUCGCGAUCAGGUAUAUCGCCUUGCCAUUGAUCGGUAUCGGUGUCGUUAAAGCUGCUCACCGUUAUGGCUUGGUCGGAUCAGACGCGCUAUAUCAGUUUACCCUCAUGCUUCAAUAUGCCCUUCCACCCGCAAUGAAUGUCGGUACGAUCACGCAGCUGCUGGAAGCAGGGGAGAGUGAAUGUUCGAUCAUUUUGUUUUGGACAUACGCCGUGGCAUCCUUGAGCCUCACACUGUGGUCUACAUUCUUCAUGUGGAUCGUCGCAUAAGCACAUUCAAUUCGUUUUUCAUUUUCCCUUCUCA